CCCAUUUAAUCACUAGCCCCAAUCCAGUAGCAUCUCAGCGCCGCUUCCUUGGGCGGAGGAGCCAAAUUGCCCCACCACGUCGCAAUUUCACGACCAAUUUAAGGUCAAACAAACGCCAUAGCAGCCCCCCAAAAAAAAAACGGUAGCCACCUGUGACUUCCUAGUUCCCAGUUGCCACCUGUCCUUUCCAGGGAAGCACCGCACUUUCCCUUCCAGUUUCCACACCCAACCACACCAUGUUACCCUUCUUCUUAAAAUAAACCCCAAGCCACUAUUCCACACGGCCAGUUCUUGUCAUUUUCAUACCACUACAAAACCCAAAUCCAAACCCAGACCUUACUUGAUAGCACACACCUCAUCAGAUCGAGUCGGAGAGCAAUGGCGAAUCUGACCGCCAUUACCCUCCUCCUCCUCACCACCAUCGCCGCCUCCUCCGCCGCCCCAGCUCCCGCCCCCGCCACCACGUACAUCAACCACACCGUCGGCGGGCUCAUCGGCUGGUUCUUCAACUCCACCUCCAACACUUCCUUCACUAACUACUCCUCCUGGGCUGCCUCCCAGACCUUCAAUCUCGGCGACUAUCUCGUUUUCAACACGGAGAAUCAGACGGUGAUUGAGACCCAGAACGCGACGGCGUACCGUCUCUGUACGGCGGACGACACGUCGGACGAGUCCACUUUCGUCUGGGGGGACGACACUCUGGGGAAGAUGACCAUUGUGGUGCCGUUGGUGACCGAGGGUGCUAACUACUACUUCUCCGACAACGGCGACGGCGAGCAAUGCCAGCAAGGCAUGGCCUUCGCUAUCGAAGUCCAACACGGCCUCGGCUUGCCGCCGAUUCUCAACCAGCCUCCGCCUCCGCCGUACACGCCGCCGCCGGCUUUGUCGCCGCCUGGAUCCGUCGACGGGACUCAGUCAUCGGGGAAUGGUGGAUUUAGGAGCGGCGCUAGUUUGAGCGGCGGGUUAUUGGUUGCGUUUAUGGUGAUUCUCAAUGUGUGAGGGGUUUGGGGUAGAUUUGUAAUUUUGGUUAUUGUUGUAUGUUAAAUCUGUAAUUUAUCCAUUUAUCCGGACUUGGUUAUUUACGUUUUACACAGACCAU